ACACACCUCACUAGCGCCAACGUCGAAUGUUCCCUCCUAACGGAAGUGUCUCCUGUCACGUGGAGGGCUAGGCCACCCAAACAAAGCUUCCGGUCAAAACAAUGUUGCGGAUCGAUGUCCUCAAGUUCCGAGAAGCGCCACCUGCACCAAAUCUGGCCCAAUGCGAAAGGUCGAACAUCUGGCGGAGUUCUGGUGGGAGUUAUCUUUCCGAGCGCUGGACAUUAUGUUGCGAACAGCUUGUGAUGUCGAAUUCGUUGAAAGUUGAGUGAUAGCAAUAUUUGGCUCCGAAGUCCGCUUGUUCCGGAGCUCUUGACCGUUUGAGACGCGUGGAAAUGGAGAGACAAAGAUCGUGCGAUCCAUUGCUGGAAAGCGGUGAAGCAGUUGAGAGUUUCCGCAAGCGACGACAUUCCACGAGAGCGCAGACCCACGCGCGAUCUCGCAGUGAAGACCGUUGGAGAAAGAAAAGAGGAGCCAUGGCAAAUUCUUCGAAAAAGCUGAGGAAAACUCAUACUGCUGUGAUUUUCGUCGCUAUAUUCGCUCUGGGUCUGGUAUCCUCAGUUAUACCAGCGAGCUUCGACGAUCUGGAAGCCAUUUACGGACUGGGGAAGAAGGGAGCCUCCCCGAUCAUAAUUACGAGAAGCAUCGGGACCUUGAUCGGUUCUCUGCUCUGUGGCAGCUUCAUCUACAAAUACGUCAACGCGAAAAUUAUUCUCGUUGUGGCGCUAAUAGGCGGCGGAAUAGGGACCAUCAUAGUGCCCGAUGUGGCGCCGUAUUAUUGGAUCGCGCACGCAGGACAGUUCGUGACGGGCUGGAGUACCGGAGCUCUGGAAGUCGGGUGCAAUGUGUGGCUCGUGCAGCUCUGGGAGGAGGGUGUGAACCCGAUCAUGCAGAGCUACCAUGUCAGUUUCGGGAUUGGGGCGGUUCUCGCCCCCGCGAUUUCGGCGUCUUUCUUAGCUCCGCGAGUAGACGAGCCGACCAACGCAACGCACAACGGAAGCGACAUGACGCUUUCGACGUCAGGGACGGAGCCGAAGGUUAAUGGAACUUCUUACGUAUCGAUACCUUUCGGCCUCUUCGGGGGACUCUACUCAUCCGUGGGCCUUGUCAUCCUGUUCCUCAUGAUGAUCGAUCGCACAUCUCUGCGUCAGAGCAGUACCGACGAAGACGAGCAGCCGACGGAUUACGCCGAGACGAGAUUCGAAUGGACGGUCAUAGCUCUGCUGAGUAUCUAUAUAUUCUUCGACGUGAUCUACGAAGGAACAAUGUCCGGAUUCAUUCCACAAUUCCUCAUGUAUCGCUUCGAUACAGACGCAGAGCAAGGCAAUUACAUGCUUUCCUUCUACUCAGCCACGUACACGAUGGGACGGAUCGUAACGAUCCUAGUUUCGACCCGGUUGAAACCCGGAACGAUUCUCAUUGUGACGCACUGCAUUUUGACUGUGGGAUCUGGGAUCAUGCUUUUGCUCCUGAUCCCCGCGAUGCAAACACCGGCAACCAUGUGGGUCUCCUCGGGAGUCAUCGGUGUUGGCUUAUCCGCGCUGUAUCCGACCGCGUUCACUUGGGCAGUUCGCUACAUUCAUCUGAGAUUUGCACAUGUGUCAGCUAUUCUCGUGGCCUCCUGCCUGGGGGCUAUGCUGCCACCGUUUUUCGUGGCCCCUCAAGUGAAAACCUCCACGACUCAAUUGCCUCUGACUGGCGCAGCCUGCGCUGUUGUGCAAGCCGGACUUUUAUGCCUUAUGCUCUACACCACGAAGAAUAGAGUGCCCAUUUUCGAAAAAGAUGACGGAAGACCAUUGAUAGUGGACUCUGAGGAAGCGACGAAUUCGGAAAAAGCGUUUCGUCUAAAAAAAGAGAGCCCUUGAGAAUGAAUGGCGAAGGUUUUCAUAGAUAGAUUGAGAUUUAGUUCUGUGACACAGAGAGCCUUCGAGACUGCUGAACUUGUAGGUACGAUAUUGUUUUCGAGCAUUUUUAUCCCGGUGCUGUUCUGUCGGGGCUCACGUGCCUGCUCCGACCAGACGGACCCGGAAUAUUGUAUAUUCAUCAUGUGAAUGUGUUGGAAGAAUAUGCAGCAAUAAACUUUAUAGUGAUUUGAAUCGCUUGU